AUGCAUGUCUCAUUUUAUGCCCGCCAUCAUAUUCACCACCCACAAAAAAUAGCACUUGAUCACACAGAUUAUGUACCAUUUCGCCGUCCCAAUACAAUUAAUAUAUCCGAUCUUGUAACAGAUGAAACAAUACAUUUAGAAACAACAUCUUCGAAUCCGCCAUCAGCCUGUAAAGAUGCCAAAAUCUCAUUUGAGCCAACCGAAAUUACGGGACGUUCGACGCUGUACAAGAAAGAAAUACGCAAACCACCAACCGCAACGGCAUCCGCAUCAGCGAAACAAUUGAAAAAUAUAUCCGUCGAAGAAAUUUUAGCUUCUUCAUUUGCUCCGAAGACACGUAACCUUUGUAAAACCUUGCAGGGUAAUUGUGAUACUUCGUUAAAUGUUAGUGGUGGCAGCGGUGCAGAAAUGGAUGCAACAGCCAGUAAAUUACAUGGUAUAUCCAUGGUAUCUUCUUCGACAGUGUGUAGCUCUUUUGAUCACUAUCAAGACUCAAAAAGUCUACCACGUACCGCUGAUAUGUCAAUGUCCAAGAAAUCAUUUUCACAAUUAUCAUUUAAUGGUGAGGGUGGUGGUGGUGGCAUUGGUGGAACAUCUUUUUCAUUUAGUGCUGGUGCAGGCACCGCUAAUGAAACUGGUUUCACCAAUGAAGAAUUUGCACCGGGAGAGCUAAUGCAAUCGAAAUUGCUAAUGGAUGAAAUAUCAUGGGCUCAAGAAUAUGCUGCCAUACCGGCCAAGACAUUGAGUGAAAAGGCCAAGGAAAAGGCGGCCAUUGCAGAGGAGGCGGUAUCAAAUGGUUUUGAUUCGCCGUCAGCAUCAAAUUCCAUAAUUGCGGGUGAUCCCAAUUUUUCGGUGGGUAACUUUUUCCAAAUGCGUUCAGAAAAUAUAUGGGAUAUUGUUAAAUCGAAUAGUCCGGAUAAAUGUCGUACACCAUUUGCCUUGGUCGAUGAAGAUGAUAGCAAUAUGGUUAGCACCACAAAUAUAAAUAGUGAAUUAUAUUCUGUACCCGCCACUCCGAUAAUUGAUAAUAAAACGUACACUCGAGUCAAUAGCCAAUUGGAGGCGAUAAAUCAUGAAAGUAAAGAUUCCGGCAAUGCAUCCGAAAAUUCUUACCUUCUAAGUAUGUCAGCGAUUGGUAGAGCUUUGGAAAAUUUGGAUGGCGCCUCAAGCACCAAAACCACAACAACAAUAAAUAAAUCCAAUACUUUAGAUGUCACACCUAAAAUUGAUCAGAAAACAUAUACCAGAGUUUCGAGCAUCAUUAAUUCAAAACAUGAAAGUAAAGAUUCGGGAAAUGUUACAGAUAAUUCGUAUUUGUUGAGCAUGUCCGCCAUUGAUAGAGCAUUGGAAAAUUUAGAUUCCAAAAAUACCUCAACCACUGCCCUCACGGGUCAACUAAUAAUGCAAGCCAAGAAAUCUCGUUCAUGCAUGAAUCCCCAGAACGAUAACAGUUCAACGACAAUAGAUGGUCCUCGUCCACGUAGUGCUCAAUCAUUGGAUACCGCCGAUAUGAAAAUGCUAAGUCGAGAUAUGGCCAAUUUCAUAUUGGAGAAUAAAGAAAAUGUUGAUCCCAUCACGGGACGUGGUAGCAAUGGUAGCCGUAUUGAUUUAUCUGAUACAGUUAGUUUUACCGAAUCACUUUUGAAUUCAAGUGAUAUGAAAAAAUUAGAGCGUAGUCCAAUGCAGCAACAAAAACAACAGCAGCAGUUGCAGAGAUCACCGCUGAGUCCCAUUGAAGUGGCAUCGACCACCCCAAAUAUUUUCAUAACUGAGGCGGCACCCGUUGACGAUGGUGCCGAGGCGGAUAAUGAUGAAUGGCCGGGUACACCUAAACAAAAUUUAAGUCGUCGUGUACGUCGUAAAUCACCACGUGAACGUAGCCCAAUGCGUCCGGCAGAUGUUGCCGAUUCUCCCAAUGAAGAUGAUAAUGCCCGUACCCCAGUGAACUCUCGUCCAUCACGUUCUUAUGUGGUGGAUAAACGAGUCGUCGGUGUGGCCAAUAAAGAACCCAAAUCCUUAUGUUCCACACGUUUGGAUGGCGAUCCGCGCAAUGCUGCUGUGGAUUGCGACUUUGGUAUAUCACCCAAUCUGUCAUCCAGUAAAGUGGGUACUAGUUUGGCUGUACGCAGUGCCAGUAAUGCCCAAUUAUCGCCACGUAGCGUCAGCGAAUUUCGUGUGGAGAGUUCACCACUUUCCUCAACAGCCUCCACUCGAUAUCAAUAUUCGCAAAGUUCUUCGCCCACACCCACCUUGGAUACGACAAGUCAUUCGGAAAGGCAACAACUUACACCAGGGAUUGGAGGUGGUGGUAAUGGUUUGGCCCGUAAGGCUGUCUCCUCACCGGUGGGCAGUGAAGCCUCCAGUACUUGCAGCUACAGUACACUACAUUCCGCACGUUCCACGGUUUCAGCCACAAAUAUGCGCAGCAUUUCUCGCUGUUCCAAUUCCAGUGAAUUCAGUCACCGUGAUGGCAAACAGAUACCACUUAAAGUCACCACCUUGGAGUUGUCGUGGGGUAGCAUUAAAUUGCGCAGUGAUUCCCGCAAGUCGAUGCAAAUUAAAAAUAUUGUCAGCAAACGUUUGGUCAUACGUAUCGAGGUCAGUGGACCCGGUUUUCAAAUUGUCAACUCGGAACGCAACAACACGAUUACCAUGCAUUCGCAGGAGUGCCGGUCCAUAAAUAUAAGUUUCUGUCCCACAGUUCGUGGUGUGGCAAUUGGUAAACUAUCAUUCUAUGCACCCACCUCCAAUGGUUCGGGCCUGGGUCAAUCAUUCCUAGACGUGGCUCUAUAUGGUUACGGUGGUAAUGCCAGUGUGAUACCACAAAACAUUCUAAUGGGUCCGGUGGGUAGUCCAUUUAUUACAAUGGGCGAUCUGUGUGAAUUGACACAUCCCCUGGAGCGUACAGUUAGUUUCUACAACAAAGGACCCCUAAUGGCAUUUGCUGUUGUAUCCAUAGAUUCAUUGGGUCUUUUACUACCACGUCUAUGCGACGCCUUUGAAAUAUAUCCUCAAAAGGUGUUGAUACCACCGCAACACACAGUGGAUGUGCGUAUCGUUUUCAAGCCACGUCGCGAAGAAAUUAAGAAAAUGCUAAAGAAAAUGCGCAAUGUUCUCACCCUGGCCAAUAUGCGUGUCAUUUGUGGCGAUGAGGCAAAUCGCCAACGAAUACGACGCCUGCUGAAACAAAUGAGCGAAACAGAUCGUGCCAAAAUGUCUUCAAAUGUUUUGGAUAUGCUGUGGACAGAAUUCAAUGAUGAAGUGGAAAUGAAGGAGCUGCAAAAUAUUCAUGAAAAUCCCAGUGUGGCCAUGGAUUUGGCAUCCGGUUUUCGUAUACAUGAAAUCCUACUAACACUCAACUAUGAUAAUAUGGAUGAAACGGCGGAGGCAUCAUCUCUAUUCUUACCCGAGGGGGAUGAAACAGUGCUAUUUCGUACAGUUGUAUGUGCGGCCGAUUCACCGACACCGCCACCCGCAUCUAGCCUGGGAACGGUUAAUGAAAUGUAUGAGGAUGAAGAUGGAGUUGGCAGUGAAACGUCGGAAGAACCUCGUGCCAAACAACAACACCAUUUCAUUGCAUGGUCUGUUAAGCCGUCAAUAUUGGAAAUCAAUUUGAAUCGUCGUUUCGAUCGGACAUCCUUAUUUGUCCAGAAUGGUUUUAAAUCACGACAAUAUUUUGAAAUCACAUGCAAUAGGAAACAUUUAUUUAAAUUUACCCCCUCCGAGGGAUAUGUGGCUCCCGAUAAUGGUCAAACGGAGGUUGUCGUCAAUCUUAGUGCCAAUGCAAAAGAAGAGGAUUUGCGAGGAGGGGAUAUUUUAGUAAUGGUCUAUAUGGAAAACGAACGCAUUACAGUUCCCGUUAAAUUCACUAACAAUGACUAUUAA